GGAUCAGGGCAGGGGGCGUGGCGGGAAGUUUGAAACUUGUAACCUCGGGAGUUGAGCCACGAGCUGUUGUGCACCCAGAGGUGGAAUUAGGGCCCGGCAUUCCCUCCUCGUCCCGGGCCGGGCCUUGCCCCCACCCUGCAACUCCUGGUUGAGAUGGGCUCAGCCAAGAGCGUCCCAGUCACCCCAGCGCGACCUCCGCCGCACAACAAGCAUCUGGCUCGAGUGACGGACCCCCGUUCACCUAGUGCUGGCAUCCUGCGCACUCCCAUCCAGGUGGAGAGCUCUCCACAGCCAGGCCUAGCAGCAGGGGAGCAACUGGAGGAUCUUAAACCUGCCCAGGACUCAGAUCCCCGUUCUCCUACUCUUGGUAUUGCACGGACACCUAUGAAGACCAGCACUGGAGACCCUCCAAGCCCACUGGUGAAAGAGCUGAGUGAAGUAUAUGAAACUGAAGACUCUAAAUCGAAUCCUCCCCCAGAGCCUGUUCUGUCCCCGGAGGCAUCUUUAUCUUCUGAAUUGGACCUGCCUCUGGGUACCCAGUUAUCUGUUGAGGAACAGAUGCCACCUUGGAACCAGACUGAGUUCUCCUCCAAACAGGUGUUUUCCAAGGAGGAAGCAAGACAGCCCACAGAAACCCCUGUGGCCAACCAGAGCUCGGACAAGCCCUCAAGGGACCCUGAGACUCCCAGAUCUUCAGGUUCUAUGCGCAAUAGAUGGAAAUCAAACAGCAGCAAGGCACUGGGGAGAUCCCCGCUCACCAUCCUGCAGGAUGACAACUCCCCUGGCACCCUGACACCACGACAGGGUAAACGGCCUUCACCCCUAAGUGAAAAUGUUAGUGAACUAAAGGAAGGAGCCAUUCUUGGAACUGGACGCCUUCUGAAAACUGGAGGACGAGCAUGGGAGCAAGGCCAGGACCAUGACAAGGAAAAUCAGCACUUUCCCUUAGCGGAGAGCUAGACCCUGCAUGGCCCCAGCAUGCAGUCACCCAGGGCCUGGUGAUAGCUGUCCUCCCACCCCUUCUCUCCCAGGGAUACUGAGGAAAGGCUUGUUUUCUUAGACUCCUCCUCAACUACCAAACUAGGACUAAGAGCUUUGUUGGGCUUUCUUUGUGUCUUGUGUGUUUCUUAUAUAUUAAAGGAAGUAAUUUUAAAUGAUACUUUCAAAAGGUAUA